AUGUUGUCGAGGUCGGCUGUUUGCGCAAAAAGAUACAUUACACCACGCCAUGUGGCUGCAUGGAAAUUGCCGGUGCAGAAGGUUGUUCCUGCGUACUUGUCGCAGUACCGUUGGGCGUCUACGUCUGUUAAGGUGCCCUCCAUGGCAGAGUCCCUGACUGAGGGUUCUUUGAAGGAGUUCACAAAGAAAGUCGGUGAGUUUGUUGAGCAAGAUGAGCUUUUGGCCACCAUUGAGACCGAUAAGAUUGAUAUCGAGGUUAACUCGCCAGUAUCUGGUACAGUCACCAAGCUAAAUUUCGAACCAGAGGACACUGUCACUGUUGGUGACGAGCUGGCACAGAUUGAAGAAGGUGGUGCACCAGCUGAUGGUGGAGCCAAGCCUGCUGCCGAAGAAUCGAAACCUGCUGAGGAAUCGAAACCAGCAGAGCAAGCUAAGCCAGCUGCACCAGCUGCGGAGAAAAAAUCAGCUCCAGUGAAGAAGCCAGAAUCUCCAAAGCAAGAGGCAUCCAACGCUGCACAACAAGCCCCAUCCACUGCAGCCUUCUCCCGUAAUGAGAACAGAGUGAAGAUGAACCGUAUGAGAAUGAGAAUUGCUGAAAGAUUAAAGGAAUCUCAAAACACCGCAGCAUCUCUAACCACAUUCAACGAAGUCGAUAUGUCCGCAUUGAUGGAAAUGAGAAAGCUAUAUAAGGAUGAAAUCAUCAAGAAGACCGGUACCAAGUUUGGCUUCAUGGGUCUAUUCUCUAAGGCUUGUACACUGGCUGCCAAGGAUAUUCCAGCUGUUAACGGUGCCAUUGAAGGUGACCAAAUUGUAUACCGUGACUACACAGAUAUCUCGAUUGCUGUUGCCACUCCUAAGGGUUUGGUUACCCCAGUUGUCCGUAAUGCAGAGUCUCUAUCCGUGAUAGAGAUUGAACAAGAGAUCGUCAGAUUGGGUCAAAAGGCCAGAGAUGGUAAGUUGACUUUAGAAGAUAUGGCUGGUGGUACUUUUACCAUAUCCAACGGUGGUGUUUUCGGUUCUUUGUACGGUACACCAAUUAUCAACAUGCCACAAACCGCUGUGUUGGGUCUGCAUGGUGUGAAGGAGAGACCAGUUACUGUUAACGGCCAAAUUGUCUCUAGACCAAUGAUGUAUCUAGCUCUAACUUACGACCACAGAUUGCUAGAUGGUAGAGAAGCAGUCACAUUCUUGAAGACAGUCAAGGAAUUGAUUGAGGAUCCAAAGAAGAUGUUAUUAUGGUAA